CUUCCAUCCUCCCCCGGAAUGUUCCGACUUGUUCGGACACUGGCCACCGCGCCGCGGCUGGCGGCCGGCCGGACGGCUCUUCUUUCAGCCCGCCCCGCCGCCGCUGCGGCCAUCAUGUCCGGAGUUUCCCGGCACUUCCACUCGAUGGGCCUUCGUCCGGAGAUCCUGGACGGCCUGUACAAGGGCGUUGGAAUCAGCGACCGAGCGCCCCCGCUGCCGGUUCAGCGCUCCGCAAUCCCCUCGAUCCUCGCCAGUGAGCCCUACCUCCCGGUGCUGGCUGCCUCUCCCGCGGCCACCUCCUCCGACGAUGUCGACAGCGACAAAUCCGCGGAAACAUCGACCGGCGGCGCUUCGCAGCUUUCCUUGCUCGAUGUACUUGCCAAGGGCAUGAACCUCUCUCCCGAGCAUACGCUCCAGAUCCAACCGCAAAAGCACCUGAUUGUCGCCGCCGAAACCGGCAGCGGCAAGACCCUGUCCUAUCUGCUGCCCAUCUUCCAGCAGCUUCGCAAUGAGGAGGAGCUUUACCAGCGUGGUGUUGAUGCCCUGCGCCGGGAGCUCCAUGGUGACGCCGCUGGGCCUCUCGAUCUGGACGAGCUGGAUCCCACGCAGCUGACUGAGGAGCAUGCGGCGCUGCUAAACUCGCCGCUGGUCACCCUGCCUGAUCUUCGUCUGAAGGGUCGCCCCCGCGCGGUCAUUUUGGUUCCCAGUCGCGAACUUGUCCUCCAGGUCACCAAAGUGGCCAAGGAACUGUCCCUCCAUGCGCGACUCACGGUCACCGGGCUGGCCGGCCAGCCGAUCGCCAACCACCGGCGGUCACUCAAUUCGCGUCCUGUUGACAUCAUCGUGUCAACUCCGGCAAAGUUGCUGGACUACCGGAAGCGCGGGCUCCUCUCCUUCGCGGACAUUCGCUUUGUCAUCCUCGACGAAGCGGAUUCCCUUUUUUCCCAGGGAUUCGAGGAGGAUCUCAAUUCCAUCCUCCUGUCCGUUCGCCAUCGCAAGACCACCCCCCGGCCGUUCCAGUUCAUCGCCGUCACGGCCACCCUGCCGAAGCAUGUUGACGAACUGAUUCGCAAGCACUUCACCACCAAUCGCUCGCUCACCGGGCCCAAGCCCGGCGACACCAAACCCGAGCCUGCCAAGGCGGCCAAGACCAAGAAUGCGACCGCCUCCAACUCGACGAGCGCCAGUCCCGCCAAUGCACCCAAGGGCGAUGAGGUGGAACACGUCACCACGGACACCCUGCACAAGUCCCUCCCGCGGCUGCACUACUCCUUUGUCCCGAUCACCGGACAUGGGAGCUCCAAACACGACCAGCUGCUGGGCCUGCUGAAGCAGCAUCCGGACGAUCGGUUCCUCAUCUUCUGUAACACCCUCAAGGGGUGCAAUGCCCUGUCCCACUUCCUGAUCAACGACCGGAAGCUUCCCUUUGCCGAGGUCCAUGGUGACCUUCUGCUGGAGGAGCGCGCCCGGCGAGUCGACUCCUUCGCCCGCGGCGAGGUGGCUGGCAUGGUGUGCACGGACAUCGCCUCGCGCGGUCUCGACACCCUUGCCGCCACCCAUGUGGUUCUCUAUGAUUUCCCGGCCAGCGGGGUGGACUUCAUCCACCGGGCCGGGCGUACCGGUCGCGCUGGGCGCACCGGCCGAGUGACCUCCUUCAUCGGUCGCAAGGAUCGAGCCCUGGCACAGGCCAUCCAGGACGCCAUCCGCAAGAAUCAGCCGCUCGGCUGGACGCCCGAGGAGAACGCCGACACCAUCGAGCGCUACAAGAAGAAGCUCAGCGGCCAGAAGCCGGGCGACCAUGUUCGAAACAUCUCGGCCAAGUCGCGCGAGGUGUCCGACAUUCCAGUGGUCCCCUAUGAGCCAACGAGUGACCGUGGCCUUCUCCAGCAGCUUGGCGCCGCCAGAACGGGCUCGCUCGCCGCCACCACCGCCGCCGCCGCCGCCGCCGCGGCCACAACCGGUGGCGCAUCCAAAAACAAUGCUGCCAACUUGGGUGAUCGCUAUGCCCAGGUGGACCACCUACUUGACCCGGAGCAGCCAGUCUCCGGUACCUAUGAUCUGCAGGAAAUUCUCGGCAAUGCGGCCAAGGACCGGGCCAAGUCCGGGGGUAAUCGAAUUGUGCUGACCUUCUCCGACGACUCGGACAUCGAGGUGUCUGAUGAUGGGGAUGAGUCGCUGGAUUCCAUGCUCGCUCAGUUCCAACGCGAUACCGGGGUCGACCUUGGCAAGCUUGAAGCCUCCCUGGCCAAGGGUGACGUCGACUCUGACCAUGUGGCGGACGGGUCGGACACCGAGGAAAGCCCUGCCGAGCGCCGCCAGCGCGAGAUCGAGGCCUUCUUCGACACCAUGCCCCUGACUCGGGCCGAGCGCGAAACUGCCCAUCUCCUUGGCCUCACGGAGGAUGGUGUGGAGGAUGGCGUCAGUGGCAAGCGUGACAAGGACGAUCCGUGGUUGACUGACUCCGACUUCGAUUCGGAAGAGCAUCACAUGCAUAUGCGUGCGACGGGUGCCAUGGCGGCUGCGGCCGUUGCUGGCACCGCGGCCGCGCAGGCUACACGUGGUGCCACCUUCGCCCGCGGUGCUAUGCCGGCCGCUCGCAACGCGCGCCGCCCGACCUCGGUCGAGGCUGGCAGUGACUCUGAGUCGGUGGCCGCUCCGCGCAUGCCUUUCGCCAGUGUCCGUGGCGUCAGUGCCGAUGCGGCCCAGCGCCUCGGCAUUCACCCCAAGAACACUGGUAAGCGUGGCAACCGCAUGAGCCAGAAGGCUCCCCCUGCCGGGGCCGGCAAGGGUGGCAAGGGUCCCGGCUCAGCCCGCGGUGGUGCCCGCAAGGGCAAGCGCUCUGCCGCCAAGCGGUGA